CCAAACCUUCUAUCAAUACUUUUAAACUUUUACAUAAAAGUAAAGUUUCAUAUGCUUACCAACAGGUAUUUGACAGUGUUUCAUGUACUUUCAAAUCUUGGCUGGAAUCAGUUGAAGGAAACUCCGUUGCUAAUUUAAGUCACAUUUUUUGUGUGAAUAAAGAUCAUGCUAUCACAGUUGACAAGGAAGAUCGUGUUAAUUUAAAAAUUUCUGUAAAAGUGUUUCUUGCAAACUACAGUACUGAAGAUCUGGAAGCAUCUGUUUCACAAGUGAUGAAGGAUUUAGAUGUCAGUGUUAUUGAUUCUUUAAUUUUAUCUCUGCCACCUCCCCCUAAUGCUGAAACACUUACCUUGGCACAUAUAAAACCUUUAUGGAAAGUAUUAGAGCAGCUGGUGCACGAUGGAAAAGUAGUAACCAUUGGAAUUAGUGAUCUAGAUACACAUCAACUUGCUGAACUAUAUGAUUGGACUGAGGUGAAACCUAGUGUGAAUCAAGUAAAUCUAGAAUCAUGCUGUGUUAUGCCACCAGAAAUGACUGCAUUUGCUCGUGCUAAUGAUAUCCAGUUGUUAACUCAUAAUGAUCCAAAAGAUUUAUUGCCAAAAACCUUACAGCCAAAAAUCCUAGAAUCAGGCAUUGCUAAUCCUGAUGGAUGGAAAGUUAACUGGAUAAGAAAUACCAAACAUCCAAUGCUGUUAGAAUUUCCAGCAAAUAUUAUCACAUGAAUUUUGCCAUAUAAGAAUCUCUCUUCCUGCUCAUCUUUCAGACAAAAUAAAAUAACACAGAAAAUAAGAUUAGCACAGAUACUACAAAUCGUAUACAAGACAACAAAUGAAUACAAAAAGUGUGCUGAUUUCAGAUAGUUAUAACUAUCAUUGUUGGCAUCUGGCGUUUUACUUAACAGUGGUUUGAUUGGAAAAUAUUCCGCCUGUUUUACCUGCUUGGCCACAUUUUUGUCCUUGUGUUGAUAUGUUUGAAUUUUUUUUCAUUUAUGUAUAGGCUUUUUGGUUAAAUUUUUGAAGAAAAACACACUUUCGCUGUAUAUUUAGAAAUAUAUGGUAGGUUGUAUCAGUGUUAGACCACCAAGAGCAAAAAAAUUAAAUGAUCCAUGAUUGAUAAAAAGAGGCCAAAAUCCAGGCAAGAGAAUUCACAAAUAACUGAUUUUUUAUAAUCUGAUAAUUUUAUCACAAAGAUUAUUAAAUUAUUCCAAUGAUUUCUUCAAAUCGACAGCCAGCUCAAUUUACAGAGUUGGUUGAUGAAUAGAGAUUCUGUUCUGUAUAAUAUACUUAAAAUAUAAAAUAAUGUGGCGACCAGAUUAAAAAUAUACUUGUUUAAAAUUUGCAUUUUGGAGUAAAAUUUCAAGAGAUUUUUUUUUAAUGUUGAAACAAUUAAGAACAGCAUUUUUUAUUUUGAAUAUUGAAGAAUAUAAAAACAUAUUUGUGAUACAAUAUCUUAAUUUUUAAGAGGAACUCAAAAUUUUUUCUUUUUAAUGUGUGUAGCAAUUUUCAACAUCUACAUUUAAAUUAUCAGUAUCUGUUUGCACCUAAAACUAAUCAAUGCUAUCUAUUGUACCUAUGAUAAUUUCCAAUACAGUGAUGACAUUUAGUGAUUAAAAAAUAAUUAUUUUACCCUUUGUUUAAACUAAGACAGUAAUAUUAAAUUUGUAUGUGUGUAAAGAGCUUAAUACUUAAGUUUUUACAUAUUCUUCUAGAUAUUUAUGUAUAAUGUCUGAAUAAAUCAAAACCUUUUCCUUUUGUCAUUGUUAAUCAAAUGAAUUUAUAUAUAUAUUUUUUAAGUUACUCAAAUAUAAUAAAAAAAAAAUCUUCUUAAUCACUAAACUUUUAUUGACUCUGAUUAUCAAGAGUUAUUACUGCAUGUGUUAUAAGCUGCUGCCAAAAAACAGUUGUUAUAUAUGUUCAAUUUUUCUGUUUGUACUUUAGAACAGUGGUUCUCAACCUUUUAAUAACGUGUACCAUCUAAACAAAAACUGAAAAACUUUUGUUCUUAUUUUACAAUGAUUAUUUUAAAAUUCCUCAAUAGAAAUAUUUAAAAAUAUAUAUAUUUUUCCAAUUGGACAACCUAUUGGCUUUUGUAUUAAAUGUGCAUGCAUAAAAAAAUUAAAAUUUGGUUACCAUUUUAAUCAUCAAAAUUAAAGUUAUAAUACUUUAAUCAUGAAUUUAGUGGGAAAUUUCGGCCUGUUUAAAAGAGAUCAAUUUUUUUUAUGUCUGGUCUUAUUUCACUUAAUUUUAACCAUAAGUUAGAUUCAUUUUGUUCUGUAUUUAUUUUUCAAAUAUAACAUGAAAGAAAAUCUUUGUUCACAAAAAUAGGUUGUGC